AUGGAUAUGGAAACCGAUGCCGGUCCAUCAACACUCGAUAUGGACAGUCUCGACCCUAAGCGGGAAGACGACCUCUUGGACUACGAGGGUGCCGAGUCUGACGACUCGUUCGAGCCGGAUGAGGAGAUGGACGCCGCAGAGGGGGAGGAGAAGGUGUGGAUGGUUAAGCUGCCGAAGUUCUUGAUGGAGAAAUGGACGGCGAUAGAGCAGGAGGACGUGGUUCUGGGCACGUUGCGUGUGUAUCACGCACCAGAUCCGAAUGGAAACCAGCGGUUAGUCUUGCGACUACCGGAGAUGACGGAUCCAGCUGUGUACGAUAUAACUACGCUGCCGAAGCAGUACUCGCUCAAGAUGCAACGUAAGACAGUAGAGAACGAGUUUGUAAUGGCAUCAAAGAUGAAAGAGCGCGAACGUAAUAUAAUAUCAACAAAACUGGAAGGGAAGAUCGUUCAUGACUGUCACGCAUUCCCAAUCAUGGACGCCUCGUACACCUCGCUCGUUGCGUCCAGGCACAGAGAGGCCAAUGCGCCGAAACGGCAGACCAAGGUGCUCGAAGACGAGGGCGGAGCGCUGCAUAGGAUCAACAUGCUUGCUGGUGGAGCCGGGGAAAACCUGGGCACAGGGUUCGGGAACUUUGUCUCGACGGAGAAGAAAGCAGCAGUUGCGAGUUCCGCAUUCGAGCGUGCUGCUCGUAUGCCUCGAAAUGAGCUCAUGGACCUACUCUUCCCCCUUUUCCGGUCGAACGACAACUGGUCAAUCCGGGACUUGCGUAACCGAACGCGGCAACCAGAGGCGUACCUGCGCGAGGUUCUCCAGGAGAUUGGGUUCCUACAUCGCACGGGGACGUUUGCGAAUAUGUGGAGCUUGUUACCGGCUUAUAAGGGUCGGGCAGCGGCGAGCACGGGAGAGGUUCCUGAGAUUAAGGCGGAGGGAGAAGGGGACAUGGAGAUGCUAGAGGAAGACGAUGAAGAUGACUUUGACAUGGAGGAAGUGCUGUGAGUGGAAUUGGGCGCUUAGGAUGACCAUAUUUGGUAGUUCACAGGGGCUGAGCAGCAUAUAUGCGCAAUGUAAAUUAUUUCAUGUUCGC